AUGCCUGGGGAAAUUGUAAGAAGAACUCUAAGCAGAAUCAAGUCUCAAGUUGUGAGAGCACUUCAAACAACCACAAUCAAAGCAAGGGUGGAAGCUUUAAAAGAAAUUAUCCCCCUUGUAAGCACUGUGCAAGAAGCAGAUGCCCAGGUUGCUAAUGAAGAUGAAGAAGAUGAGAUUUUCAUGGCAACAUGUUUUUCGACUGGGAACUCUUCAAAAUGUUGGCUAAUUGAUAGUGGUUGUACAAACCACAUGACUUAUGACAGAACUCUCUUUAAGGAGUUGAAGCCUACAGGAAUCACAAAGGUCAAAAUUGGAAAUGGUUGUUAUAUUCCUGCAAAAGGAAAGGGGAACAUUGCAAUUACUACAAAUUCAGGUACAAAAAUAAUAUCUGAUGCUCUUUAUGUACCUGAUAUUGAUCAAAAUCUGUUGAGUGUAAGUCAGUUAAUAGAAAAAGGAUUUAAAGUGUCCUUUGAAAAUUGGUACUGCCACAUCCUUAAUGCCGCUAGACAGGAGAUUUUGCGAGUUAAAAUGAGAGGAUUCCAUUUCCUAAAUCAACUUGGAGGACCUCCAAAUCUCAAAGAUUCACUCUCCCUCACUCUCAAACAUUAUAUUCCCUUAGCAAGCAACAUACUGUAUCCAGCAAGCAAUGAAAAGCCCUUUCUUCGUCAUGUGGUGGGGGACUCUCUUUCUCUAACGAUAGCCGAGUCAAACGAGGAUUUCGACUCUCUUAUUGCAAAUUAUGCACGAGAUGCUGAUCAGUUCUAUCCUUUUGUCCCUCAACUGCCUCCACCUAAAGAGGAGCCUGAGUAUAAAACUUUUCCAGUCUUCUGUGUACAGGUAACUUUUUUCCCGAGUCACGGCGUAUGUAUUGGUUUUACCAACCAUCAUGCUAUAGGCGAUGCGAGUUCAAUUGUGGGCUUUAUCAAGGCUUGGGCUUCAAUCAGCAAAUUCAGGGGAGAUUCGCAGUUGAUUGACGCCAAAUCCUUGCCUCUUUUUGAUAGAUAUGUCAUUAAAGAUCCUCGUGGAAUAGGAGAUUUAUAUUGGGACCAAUUGAAGAAUUUGUCGUUGCAAUUCCCACCUUCGCAUUUACCCAUCAAUAAGGUUCGGGCCACGUAUAUUCUCCACCAAGCUGAUAUCAAGAAACUCAAGGAUUCGGUUUUGGCUCGAAAACCAGAUUUAGUUCAACCUUCCUCUUUUGUAGUUACGAUUGCCUAUGUCUGGACUUGUUUGGUGAAAUCCGGGCCAGUUAGUGGGGAGAAGGUCGAUGCAAAUGAGUCCGAAUACUUCAGUUUUGCAGUGGAUUGCCGGGAACGCAUGAAUCCACCUGUGCCUACUAAUUAUUUCGGCAAUUGCAUAGGAGUUGCAAUUGUUACAAGAAAGCACCAUGAGUUGAUAGAAAAUGAUGGAUUUUUCAUCGCAGCUGAGUCAGUUGCAGAGAUCAUUCGAAUAAAGGUUAAAAACAAAGACGAAAUGAUGAAAGGUGCUGCAAAUUGGCUAGCAGAAAUGGGAGAAUUAUUGAUGGGAAAACGAAAUCUUUCAGUGGCUGGAUCACCUAAGCUCAACUUUUAUGACGUGGACUAUGGAUGGGGAAGGCCAAAAAAGAUGGAGGCGGUGUCUAUUGAUGGAGAUCAUGAUUCCUUUUCCCUCUGCAAAUUCCAGGACUCUGAGGGAGGUUUGGAGAUUGGAUUAUCUUUGCCCAAGACAAAAAUGGAUGCUUUUGCAGCUAUUUUCGCCAGUGGCUUAGGGGUUUUAUCAAAGGAAGUUUUCCAUUCCGAUUAAAUCUCCCAUACAACU